AUGUGCCUCGCACACCCCCUCCCACCGUUUUGUGCCUCGCACACCCCCUCCCACCGUUUUGUGCCUCGCACACCCCCUCCCACCGUUUUGUGCCUCGCACACCCCCUCCCAACGUUUUGUGCCUCGCACACCCCCUCCCACCGUUUUGUGCCUCGCACACCCCCUCCCAACGUUUUGUUUCUCGCACACCUCCUCCCACCGUUUUGUGCCUCGCACACCCCUCCCAACGUUUUGUGCCUCGCACAUCCCCUCCCACCGUUUGGUGCCUCGCACACCCCCUCCCACCGUUUUGUGCCUCGCACACCCCCUCCCACCGUUUUGUGCCUCGCACACCCCCUCCCACCGUUUUGUGUCUCGCACACCCCUCCCACCGUUUUGUGCCUCGCACACCCCCUCCCACCGUUUUGUACCUAG